GUCGGCUUUUCGCACCAUAACAAACGAGCGACCGGCGUAGGAUCUGUAGUCGUUGGUAGCAUUGAUCUCUCGUGUUAGCAGUGUUUCAGCGGUAUACAAGUCCCCACGUAUGCAUGCAUUGCGGAUUGUCAUGUUUAUAGCGAGGAUCUUAGAAUCAGACAAAGCGUCUUCGGGUACGACUAUCGGAUCUAAGAUCUUCUGAUCACUUUUCAACAACUUCAUGAAAGUCGACACAAUUUGCGUGCUCUUCUUGAGUACGCUAGAAGGAACAGCACCUGAAUUUCUCGGCGCUUCACCGGCGAGAUCCAAAACACGUGGAUUUGGUUGCUCCAUCGCGGUGGAUGCGUUGCGAGUUCGUGAAGGCGACGCUCCAAAUAGUGACGACCGGGUUGUCAGAAAGUCAUCGCUGAGCUGCAGGGGAUAUCUCGGAGUGACUGAGGGGGUGAUCGUAUAUGCUGCAUUAGAAAAAUCAACUUGCGGCGACGUCUGCAUGAAAUGC